CCCAAUACGUGCGCUGUGAGUCGGAGGUCAGCAGCGCAGCAGCAUGGCCGCUCUGUUAAGGAGGUCUCGGAGGUUUGUGGGACAGUGGCACAACCAUGUCGUCUGUGUGCAGGUCUCCAGGUCCAUGGCCUCCAAGACCCAGGUGGGCUUCGUUGGGCUGGGAAAUAUGGGAGGCCCCAUGGCCAAAAACCUCAUCAAGCAUGGUUAUCCAGUGAUCGCCUGUGAUGUGUUUCCAGAGUCCUGUAAAGAGCUUCAGGAGCUCGGAGCUCAGAUCUUGGACUCGCCUGCAGAAGUGGCAGACAAGUCGGAUCGGAUCAUCACGAUGCUCCCCUCCAGUCCUAAUGUAAUUGAAGUGUACACCGGCCCUAAUGGGAUUUUGAAGAAAGUAAAGAAAGGCUCAUUAUUAAUCGACUCCAGUACCAUUGACCCUGCUGUGUCUAAGGAGAUGUCUGUUGCUGCCGAGAAGAUGGGAGCUGUUUUCAUGGAUGCUCCAGUAUCUGGAGGUGUGGGAGCAGCUACGUCUGGUAAGUUGACAUUCAUGGUGGGAGGAGCAGAGGAGGAAUUCACAGCAGCCAAGGAGCUGCUGAGUUGUAUGGGUGCCAAUGUGGUGUACUGCGGUCAGGUCGGGACAGGGCAGGCUGCCAAGAUCUGCAACAACAUGCUGUUGGCGAUAGGAAUGAUUGGGACUGCAGAGACCAUGAACUUGGGCAUCAGACUGGGGCUUGACCCUAAGCUACUAGCAAAGAUUCUCAACAUGAGCUCAGGACGCUGUUGGUCCAGUGACACUUAUAAUCCAGUGCCAGGAGUCAUGGAAGGAGUUCCUUCAGGAAACAACUACCAAGGAGGGUUUGGAACAGCACUAAUGACCAAGGAUCUGGGACUUGCACAGAACACUGCAACAAAUACGAAGACUCCAGUACCACUGGGUUCAGUGGCUCACCAGAUAUACCGCAUGAUGUGUGGACGGGGCUAUGCAGGCAAAGACUUCUCCUCUGUCUUCCAGUUCCUGCGAGAGGAGGAGAGUCAGUAGGGGGCAACAGUUUUCAUCCCUGUACAUAGCCUUUCCUACUCUGCCUACCUCACCGGGAAUUGGUGAGCACAGCACUUGCACAGUUUUUGUGCUAAAUUAAAACGUGUGUCCUCAACGGUUUGUCAAAUGAGUGAGUGAGUAAGUAGCAAGAGAUAAUGUUUCAAAUUAAGUCUGCAACUUGUUUUUGGAAUCAUGUUACCUGUUUCAGCCUGUCCUGUACACGCCACACUCCAAUAUUUGACUCUAGACACUGUGAAGUUAAGGGAGUGGUUGUCUUGAUUUGCUGGUUUUCCGAUUGUGUGACCUUCUAUAGAAAGACCGCUGGUUGUCAAUGUGGUCAUUGUUGGAUCUGCUCUUGUCCCUUCUGUUCAAGAAAUUGAUGGUGACUGCAAUGAGGAAGUGAUGCGUCUAAAUAAACACUCACUGCGUCAGCCAGUGAACCACAACA